AUGACAGAAAAUAUCUACAAAACUACAGGACGAAAGGAGAAUUUAAGAUUCGAUAAAGAUAGAAAUCAACAGUUUCAAAAUCAAUAUUAUGAUGAAUGGGGUCAAUUACGGAAAAAGAACGAACAACUGAACAAUUUUAAGCAGAAAAUAGGAGAAGGAAAUGUGGACGGUUUGUUUUGGACUUGGGUAGUUCAACUUGACAAUGCAACAAUGACGACAACCUCGGACGAAGUAAUUUCAUCGUAUAUACGUUUCAAAUGGUCUAAACUAGAAGGUGUUCUUGGAUUCACUGGAAAAAUUGAUUUUGUGCUGAAGCUCGAUGGAAAAGUUGUUGUCAAUAAGCAUGUUGAUGCACUUGUAGAGUUUUCUGGACAAUGGAUUGGAGUUAGAAACCUGAAAAGUGUGGAAGAUUGCUUUCCUCGUCAGGAUAAUUCAAAUCCAAUGAGACAACAUGGAUUCAAUCAAAACCAGAACCAGAAAGGAUGUACGAUUGAGUUUUCAUUUUCAAUGACACCGGUUUUCGCAUUUUCUCCUGCAUCAAAUUUUAUUUCGAACUUUGAGAAAACUCAAAAUACGGAUGCGAUUCUAGAAGUAGAUGGAAACCAGUUGCACGUCAACAAAUCGUUCCUCUCGAUUCACUCGGAGUUUUUCGAAAAACUCUUCAAUUCAAAUUUUAAAGAAAAAACACAAUCAAUCAUUCGAAUCAAAGACGUUGAUUUCGUAAACUUUUCAAAGUUUCUCAGCUUGAUCUAUCCAAAUUCAGCAGAAAUAACAGUUGAACAAGUUGGAAGCUAUCUUGAGUUGGCAGACAAGUAUCUCAUGGCAGCAGCAACCCAGAAGUGUGAAGAAUUUCUGCAUCAGAAUAAGAGAAUCAAGAAUAUUCAGAAAAUUGUGUUUGCCGAUAAGCAUGAUUUGAACAAACUUCUUAGAGAAACACUCGCUUCAGUUGAUAGCAAGGAAGAGCUGGAAGGAUUGACUUUAUUACCAGAAUUUACAUCCCUUUCAGACUCAACUAAAGCUUCCUUGUUGCACAAGUUCAUGCAUUUCAUCAACUGA